AAGGAAAAAAAAAAAACGUUAGACAAACAGGACUAAACAGGACAUGGACAGUGACCAGUUCCAUUUAAUCAGUUACAUGUACCUGAGUAACAUUGUGAUGGAUCUUGACUUGUGCGAGAUAAUUAUUAUGUUUGUGAGACAUCUAGUUUGUACUCAUUUCAGUUUCAGCCACUGAGAUCCUUUUUUAAAGUUUAAUUUCAUUUUCUUGUGUUACUUCAGUACCUAGACUGCUUUAUUGGUGGCUCACACCUGUCACUACGUCCCUGCAGGUCUGCAGUGUUUUUUUUUUUGGUAGUUAAAGGGGAAUCCCACCCAGCUUUUAAAAUUUCAGGAUAAUACAAUGGACAGAAUGUAAACAACGCCAUUCAGAGUAGUUUAAUGUGGAAGGCUCGGUUCUAGAUAAAUUACUGAAUCAGAACUGUCCACAGAGGUGGUGAUAGGAACCAGACGUCAGAAAAAUUGAUGAACCUGAAAGCUACAUUACAGACAGUUUUAUCAGAAUACAUAAAAACUCAGAAGACGCAUUUAGGAUCACUGGACAUACUGGAUAGUAAAUAAAAUGGCUUAGACAGGCAUUUACCGCAAAAACGCUCUGAAUGACUUUGUUUACAUCUCAACGACUUAGUUAUGUAGAAAUAUCGGGAAUAUGGGUGAGUUCCCCUUUAAGGCCCUUGAGUUUUGAACACUAAUACUUGAGGGAGGUUUCAGGCUGCUCGGUUCAGCUCAGCUAGAUUAGCUUAAAGCACAAACGUUAAUAUAAAACCUCCACAGACAUGGCGAAGUUGGACUGACUGGUGUGUGUGUGUUUGUGUGUGUCUGUGUGAGGGAGAGAGAGGGAGAGGGACUAACCCUGGAAUGUGAACCUGGCCAUGUCGCUAUAAAAGCGCUCCUCGUGGAGAGUCGCCUCACAUGCUCGCGCUUCAGACUUCAGUGAGGCACGAGCGUUUCCUCUGAGAGGAUCUGAGGCAGAAUGAGUCUGGUGAAGGACGAGCAGAGCAGCGGCUUGGAGCUGAAGGAAGGGCUGGAAAACUCGGCCUUUGAGGGGGACAGCCAGCCCGAGCAGUCGAGCCGGCGGGGGCAGGAGCAGGCUGUGUCUAUGGAGGACUGUCCGGCUGGGGAGGAGAGCUACACGCAGAUCAGGCCGUACGCGGGAAUGCCCAAAGAAGUGCUGCUCCUGUACUCCAGUAAGGCGCGCUACCGGCUGCCACGCGAGAUCCUCUUCUGGCUCACCGUGGUCUGCACCCUCGUGCUGGUGGCUGUCACCAUCACAGUCAUCGUGCUCUCUCCGCCGUGCCUCAGCUGGUGGCAGACCAGCCCGGUGUACCAGGUUUACCCGCGCUCCUUUAAGGACUCCGAUGCCGACGGGGUGGGAGACCUCCGAGGUAUCAAGGAAAAGCUGAGCCAUUUCCAGUACCUAAACAUCAAAGCCUUAUGGAUCAGCCCUUUCUACAAGUCUCCAAUGAAGGACUUUGGCUAUGAUGUGGAAGACUUCAGGGCUGUCGAUCCUCUCUUUGGAACCAUGGAAGACUUUGAUGACCUCCUGGCCAGCAUGCAUAGCAUGGGGAUCAAACUGAUUAUGGACUACAUCCCCAACCACACCAGCGAUAAACACGUCUGGUUCCAGCUCAGCCGUAACCGCACAGAUUAUUAUUCUGACUUCUAUAUCUGGGUUAACUGCACCGAGGGCCAUCCGCCUAACAACUGGGUGAGUGUGUUUGGGAACUCCACCUGGACAUAUGACCCAGAGAGAGGACAGUGCUACUUCCAUCAGUUCCUCAAAGAGCAACCAGACCUCAACUUCCGCAACCCCAAUGUUAUUGGGGAGAUGACGGACAUAAUCCAUUUCUGGUUGAAGAAGGGGGUGGAUGGCUUCCGCAUGGAUGCUGUCAAACACAUGCUUGAAGCUACACAUCUGAGGAAUGAACCCCAGGUUAACCCGAUGCAGGCACCUGAGACUGUAACCAAAGAGUUUGACCUGUACCACGACUACACAUACACUCAAGUGGGUCUGCAUGACAUCCUCCGGGGCUGGAGAGUGGUCCUGGAUGAAUACAGCAGGGAACCGGGACGUUACCGGUUCAUGGUGACAGAGUCUUAUGACUAUAAGGAAAUUGAAAAAACCAUGAUGUACUAUGGGACCCCUUUUAUCAAAGAGGCUGACAUCCCCUUUAACUUCUAUCUGCUGGACCUCCCUGAUGGUCUGUCUGGAGUCAGAGCCAAGGAACUAGUGGAGCUGUGGAUGUCAAACAUGCCUAGGGGGAAAUGGCCAAACUGGGUGGUAGGAAACCAUGAUAAGCCACGCAUGAGCUCCAGAGCUGGUCAGGAAUAUGUCCGGGCUAUCAAUAUGCUACUGUUAACACUUCCUGGAACACCAACUACAUACUACGGCGAGGAGAUUGGCAUGGAAAACGUCAACGUCUCUGUUACUCAGGAUCCUUUUGGAAAGUUUGACCCAAACAGCAGUCGGGAUCCUUCAAGAACGCCCAUGCAGUGGAAUGGUAAUCUCAAUGCUGGCUUUAGUGACAGUCAGAAUGGCACCUGGUUGGACAUAAGCCCAAACUACAAAACCAUCAAUGUAGAGGUUCAGCAGAGUGACACAUUUUCUGUGCUGGAGCUGUACAGAACUUUGAGUCUGCUCAGAGAAAAGGACAUAGUGCUGCUUCGAGGAUGGCUUUGCUACGUCUGGGAAGAUACUAAUGUGUUUGCCUUCUUGCGUGAGCUGGAUGGACUGGACCGGGCGUUCCUGGUGCUCCUGAAUUUUGGCGAAGAUAUAGAAACAGACCUCUCUACCAUUACCGAGCUGCCAGAUCAGCUCAAUGUUCGCAUCAGUACACUCCCUGACACUCCAAGCAGCUUCCAGAAGUCCAGAAUCAGAACCUCAAAGGGGCAGGGAUUGCUGUUGGAAUACUUCACCAGUCAGCGGUUUCAUACUGGCCAUUCAUCUCAGUGUUAUGUUUCUGAGAAGGCCUGCUACCUGAGUGCUCUGGAUAUUCUGUACAAGUGCUGAGAAUGCAGUGUCUACCACAUAUUAAAGCACAGCAUGUCUCAUUUAUACUUGCUUAAAAUACAAUGAAAAUGCUUUUCCUUUUAAUAAAACUGCAGAUACGUUCAAUUUAAAUUCUU